ACAUUCAACUACUUCUCUUAGUGCUAUUAUCUGAACGAGUAUCAGAAUUCAAGUGCGAUACAACUACCAACUGAUAGAUAAAAAAAAAACUGUGAACAUUUUUCCGAGCCAAAAAUCGCCAACAAACACACAAAUUGAAGAGAAUUGAUUUAUUCGAGGAUUUAUUUCACUACAGUGUAACAUAUUGACGAGAUCAUUGUUCGUGAUGGGGUCUCGCUAGGUCAAUUAAUAACAUUCAUUGAUGUGCAUUGCCCAUUCACUUAACGUUACAAUGAAAUCUAAAUUUAAAAUCCGGAGUAUCUUUGUGUCUUUUUUGCUGUAAUAUUUGAUGAGAUUGUUCCGAAGUGUUUGUGAUUUGAGAGUGCACAACGUGCGAUGCUAAUUGUGGUGUUGUUUUAAUUGGUUAAACUGGGUGGAUACAGUGUUUUGUGUGGUUUUUGAUUGAAAUUCAUCAGAGACUGACGACUCAUUUUAAAUCAGUUUUUAUGAAAGUUUUACGAAUAUUUCGGAUACGUCGGCUGAAACAUUUUCACGAAACAAUUCAGGAUGAAUAAUCUGCCCAGAGCUGUUGAACCGAUUGUAGUUGUUCAUGGCGGCGCCGGUGACAUUCCAGACAGCCGGGACAAUGGAAAACAUCGAGGAACAAAACUAGCAGUGCGUUUGGGCUAUAAAAAGAUGUUGGCCGGCGGAAAUGCAAUAGAUGCUGUAGAAGAAGCUGUUAGAAGUAUGGAAUUGGACGAAAAUUUCAAUGCAGGAUACGGAUCAGUAUUAAACAUCGAUGGAGUAGUGGCCAUGGAUGCCAGUAUUAUGUCAGGUGGUAAUUUGAAUGCAGGCUGUGUUACAUUGGUGGAAGACAUAUUGCAUCCCAUUACGCUAGCUCGUCGUGUAAUGGAAAACACAAACCACACAUUCCUCGGCGGCGACGGUGCUAUGAAAUUCGCUAAAGCACAAGGAAUUCCAAUUUUAACCCCGAAAGGUCAAUUGGCUACACAAAGCGCGAAAGAUGCACUGGAAGCGUUUAAAAGAGAUCGUGAUAUGGGUAUAAGUACAGUCAAUGCUAAAACUGAAACUGGUCACAACCCUGUCGACAAACUAUACGGAGAGCCGGGUACUGUAGGGGCGGUUGCAAUAGACCAGUUUGGAAACAUUGCUGCAGCUACAUCAACUGGGGGAAUGACUGGAAAAAUGGUUGGUCGCAUUGGAGAUUCGCCACUCAUUGGAUCUGGAACUUAUGCUGAUAACAACUCGGGUGGAGUAUCGACAACAGGUCAUGGCGAAACCAUAAUGCGUUACAACGUCGCGCAGAAAAUCGUACAAAGAAUAGAGUUUUUGGGCGAAACUGCAGAAGUUGCAACUCGAGCGGUCUUAGAAGCAAUGACUGACAGACUUAUGCAAACCGCUGGAGCGAUUACCAUAGACGCCGGUGGAAACGUCGGCUUUUAUUGGACUUCUGAGAAAAUGGCUUGGGCUUAUCAGAAAGGAGAUGAGGUACAUUUUGGUAUUAAACAUGGAGAAGAUUAUGUCGAACCGGCAUAAGUUUAUCAACAAAUCCACUGUGCGAUCAGAAGCAUUUCGUUUUCAUUAUUGAGUGUC